AUGCUCUCGAAGAGUAGGAUGUGUCUUGUACGGCCCUUUUCGGUGUUGUCCAUCACACUUAAUGAGUGCAUCAGCAAUACUAAUGUGGAACAGUGGGCGACGCUCACAAUGAGCCGUCGCUCUGCAAGUGACCCGUGGAAUGUUGGAAUUCACCAGCGGAGAACUAGCAUUUACCUUAACCCGCUGCCAGAGGAGCUCAUCUCUCAGUCAGUGGUGGCGAAGCAGUUUUUUAGUAAAGAGGCUUUGCCUUCGUCACGCGCCAUCCGUGUUCUGUCUGUGAACGGCGUCCCUGCCGUUACAGCUGGCAAGGCGCGGCGUGAAAUGAAUCGACGCAACACAGCGAUAUUGCAUGUGGCGCUGCAGCCAACGUGCUACCGCCGGGCGCUAACCAAAGCGGCAAGACCCGCCGCUGCUGAAGGCGGUAAAAAGUCCUUUACCGUGGCGGAGGAGGUGCCUGCUGACGAUUCGGCAGCUGGACGCACUGCACAAGACGUAGCUUCCGUAAAAAUCCCAAGUGGAUCAGACGCCGAGGGAGAGGCACAUGACCUUCCAAAUGAUUCACAUGAAGGCUCCCCAAGGACGAAAUCCACUCAAAAAACUUCUCCCAAACCAACUAAAAAGAAACCUUCUAAGCCAAGAGAGAAUACAGUGGCAAGGAAACAGCACGAUCUUCCUGGCCCUGCAACUGCACGUUCUGUGAGGAAGCAUGGUAUGGCAGCAGACGGUGCGGCACCGGUAGAAAGAACCUCUGCUGUGGGAACUCCCAUUGCGCUUUAG